AUGCUCACCAAACCACCCAUCCGCGUCGGCAACGUCUCGGGCGCGACGGGCGACCACCCGCACGCGAUGAAGCGCAUGGUCACGUCGGGGGACGUGCACGUCGUCACGGGCGACUGGCUGUCGGAGAUGAACAUGGCGUGGAACGCCAUGGCCAAGCGCGACGUCGACCCGGACCUGGGCUACGAGCACGGCUUCUACACCCAGCUGGAGGAGUGUCUCGACGACAUCAUGGCGCGUGACAUCAAAGUUGCCACAAACGCCGGCGCCCUCAACACGCUCAGCUUGUUCCGCAAGGUCCAGGACCUCUGUGUCGCCCGCGGGUACAGGGACACCGUGGUCGCCGCGGUGUUGGGCGAUGAUGUCUCGGACCUGGUCGCGGACCCGAGUACCAGACAUGCACUGAACUUCCCGCACCUUGACCACCCCAACCGUCGGCUGGGCGACUGGGAUCUAGACCCCAUCUGCGCCAACGCGUACAUCGGCUGCCGGGGCAUCGUGCAGGCGCUGGAGGCCGGCGCCAGCAUCGUCAUCUGCGGACGGUGCACGGACGCGUCGCCCGUCAUGGGCGCCGCGGCGUGGUACUUCGGGUGGCGCGAGGAUCAGUACUCGGAAAUGGCCGGCGCGCUGCUCGCGGCGCACCUGAUCGAGUGCGGCCCGUACGUCGUCGGCGCCAAUUUCUCGGGCUUCAAGGACUUCCUGCCCGAACUGGUCGAUUUGGCGUUUCCUAUCGCUGAGAUCGACGCCGCCGGUGGCUGUGUCAUCACCAAGUCGGCCGAAGGGGGAGGACACGUCACCCCCGAGACCGUCAAGGCGCAGCUGCUCUACGAGUUGCAGGGUCAUCUGUACCUCAACCCGGACGUCGUGGCGGAUCUGUCGCGGGUCCAGGUCGAGGCCCAGCCGGGCUACGACGACCGGGUCAUGGUGCACGGCGUCACAGGCCUUCCGCCGCCAGCUACGACGAAAGUCAUGGUCGCCGCGCCCGGAGGAUACCAGGCCGAGGCGACUUUCUAUAUCAACGGACUGGACGUGGACGCCAAAGUAGCCAUGAUGCGGCAACAGUUGGAUAACAUCUUGCAGGGGCACAAGUUCAGUCGAUUCAGUGUCGAGCAGUACGGACUCCAAGCCGACAAUCCCCGCUCACAGCAAGCAGGCACCGUGCAACUGCGCGUGUUUGCUCAGGCCCGAAGCCGGGUCGACAUCGAGGCCCCGAAGUUCAAGGUCCCCAUCUAUGCCCUCCGCAUGCAGAGCUACCCGGGCUACCACAUGAACCUGGACUUCCGCACCAUGGAUCCCAAGCCGUUCAUGGAGAUAUUUCCCGCCCUCAUGCCGCUGUCCAUGAUCGACCACCGAGUCGUCCUCAGCACGGGCCAGAACAUCAAGGUUGACCCGUCACCGAAAACGGCCGAGUACCCGGUCGAGCGCCCUUCUUCUGACACGGAGAAUCCGAUAGAUUUACAAUCCCUUGGCCCGACUGAAAUGGUGCCUCUGGGGAGCAUUGUCCAUGCGCGGUCCGGUGACAAGGCCGACAACUCCAACAUUGGCUUUUUUGUCCGCCACGACGACGAAUACCCCUGGCUGCGGACCUACUUGACCGUCUCACGCUUGAAGGAGUUGUUCGGCGACGACUGGCAAAAAGGAGAUCCGAAUCGGAGGGUGGAGCGAGUUGAAUUUCCCGGGAUCAACGCCGUACAUUUCCGAGUUCUCGACAACCUCAACGGCGGCAUUGCGUCUUCGGACCGUAUCGAUGGACUCGGAAAGGGCGUUGCAGAGUACCUGAGAAGCCGGUACGCCGAGAUCCCGGCUCGCUUCCUCCAGCGAGGCUGGAUAUGA